GUCUGGAGCAGUGACGCGCUGCUGAGAGGAACUGAGAGGAACCAUGCAUCCAUCCUGCUCUCCUCCAUGAACCCCGAACCCUCCACACUUCUCUCACCAUGAAGCUCCCAGCAGCCCUGCGGAACCGAGCCCGGCAGCAGUAGGGGUGUGGUUGAUCAGUUCCUCUGGAUGGUGACUGAUGUGUUUUUGGGUGUGCGAUGCUCCUGACCGCUUUACCCCAGUUCGGUUUAAAGGUAGAUGAACCUGUCGAAAUGCUUCCCAAAUCCAGAAAAGCUCUGAGCAUCCAGGAGAUCGCCGCUCUGGCCAGAUCCUCGCUGAACGGUAUUUCUCAGGUGGUGAAGGAUCAUGUGACCAAACCCACGGCCAUGGCGCAGGGCAGAGUGGCUCACCUGAUCGAGUGGAAGGGCUGGUCCAAACCUCUGGACCCGUCGUCGGCGACGCUGCAGUCUCACUUUAACCUGUACUCACACCUCACCGAGGGCGAGCAGGAGGCACGAUUCGCUGCAGGCGUGGCCGAGCAGUUCGCUAUAGCGGAGGCGAAGCUGCGCGCCUGGAACUCGGUGGACGAGGACGACGUGGAUGAAGAUUGUUUCGAUGAAGAUCUCGCGCAGAACAACGAACUCACCGUCACGACCCAGAGCUCCGACAGCGCGCUGUCCAAUCAGGAGAGCUCGACCCCGUGCCGGACGGAGGACGAAGAUCCCGGCUUCAUCGGGAUGAGCUCCGACCCCCAGGAGCCCACGGAGGAGCUCCGGCUCCCGUCGGACGAAACCCGCAAGAAGAAACUCCGCUCACUGUGGAGCCGCGGCGACUCCUGCUACCACUCCUACUCCGAGUCUGCGCUCUCCCCCGAGGAGGAGGAGGGGGAGCUGGGCGUGGAGGACGAUGUGUUUCAGGAGGUCUUCUGCUGGUACAGCAUCCUGGAUCGUUCAGGAGCCGCGUCCUUCGACGAGGACGAGGAGCCGGACACGUCCAGGCAGUGAUCGUCGUCAUCAUCGUCUCAUGUUGUACGUCCGUCUCUGUGUAUAAACGUUCGUUUGGUAUAAACGUCUCCUCCGGCUCCCAACUGGACACCAUAAACGGAUCGACGGUGCGUUUUCCUCCUCCUCCCUCUGUCCACUCUUUAAGUUUAAGCUUACUAAGCUAACACAGUUAGCAUCAAGGUGUUCAAACCGCCGCUAGCUCGCCAGCUAACGUCUCCCUCCGUGUACCGAAAACGCUUAAACUGUCCCUGACGUCCCAAUUUACAGAUAAACCCACACUCGAAUAAUUACACCUUUAUACCGAUUACACAUCAACCAGAAUUUAUUUACAUUUAUGAGGAACUCUGUUGGUUGCUCCACUUUGAUCCGUCCUCCAUGUUUGUAGUUUUUGGUGAGGAAAGUCGUGCCGCACUGAAUGCUGGGAUUGAUCUUCAGCGCUGAGGAGGCGUCGGACGCUCCCUCGUUAUUCAGUCAGAUCAUCACUCAGAAUUAAGAACCUCAGUAGGAGCAUUUUAAGGGAGCUAAGGAUUUAGACACGCCCUCUUCUCGGGAGUGUAGGAUGAUGGGAAAUGCGUCUGUGUAGGGAGAGAGCUAGGUUCUCACACAGACCCUUGGUCAUCAUCGUUCUGCUCUCUGACAUUCUAUUACGAUUUCUGAUUCCUCCGCCACAUGCACCACCCCCACGCCGGCCACAGGCUGGCACGUGCUUCCUUUCGAUAGGUGUGUAAAGCCCGACCUGACCGUGGCACCGCCGACACCGGAGCUCAUAAUAUUGUAAGAACGUUUUCACACCUGGAGUAUUAUAACGGCUCACUGAUUAAAAACAACAAUCAAUUAAAUCAGAAAACGUUUAUCCUGAUUAAAAAUGUAACUGAAGCUCAUCAUAUGUGUGCAGUUUAAGCUGAAUAGAGAAAAGUUGCUCUGAUAAUCGCCGUAUUUAUAAAAUAUCACGAUUGUAUCACGACCAGGAUCUGAAAAGUUUAAAUCAGAUCAAAAAUGAUGGAAAGCUCUCAGCUCUGCCAUCCGGCUGGGCGGGGUGGCUACAUGAACGACGAUUGGCUUGUUGUUUAUACAGGGAGGGAGCCGAACAGGGAGCUCAUAUCUGAGCGAAUUACUCCCUCUGCUGGCUGAUUGAUGGCGCUGCACAGAGUCGAGGGAUAAUGCUGAUCAGGGUGUGGCUCUCUGUACACAAAGCUGAUCUGCAUAUGAACUCUGGCAUGUGACAGUCUUGCUCUCCUCAAUCAGGACGGGGAUUAACAUCAGUAGAGAGGAAGCAAAAUGCAAUUGAUAAAUUUGGAUGUGCUAAAAAAAAAUUUGGGAGAAAAUGCAAAUCUGUGUGAAUCCUGAGCUGCUCCCACCUAGUGGUGAUAGGAGGCAAUAACACCUGAAGUGUGUUGGAAAUGUAAUUGCUUUUCUUGUUCUUUCUGUGCGGCCCGGUGAUAAAUGACCCGCGGACCGCUACCGGUUGAUUAAAAAUCUAAACGGACUGGAUUUAGAAUGUGUGAGCCUCAUGACUGAUCACUGUUUGAUGUCGAUCCUCUCGUUUUGAUCUUCUGCUCCACUGUGACGACGUUUACGACGGCGAGGCUUGGACAGUGAACUCUUACACUCGUGAUUCGUCCUCGCCGUGGCCUCGUGGUGUAACCGUGGACUGGUGACGUCACUGUGUAUGUGUGCAUGACCACGUGCAAAUGUUUCUCUCUUUAUUUUAAUGAUUUAUUUUUAAUACUUUGUACGAGACCCGUCACGAUGGAAUUAAAGCUGAUGAGUGUU